AUGGACUAUCACCGUCCCCUCGUGAUGGGAAACGGUCAUCCCAAAGUGCACAUCGCCUUAGUGUUAUCCCCAGCCCCAGGCCGCACCGAGGAUCCAGCGUCAUACGCCGAGUCCCCCCUUAUGGUUAAUCCAGGAGGACCUGGGGGUAGUGGAACUACUUUUGUGGCUCUCUACAAUAAGCAGCUGCGAGGGGCCAUUGGCGGUGACCAUGAUAUACUCGGGUUCGAUCCACGCGGGGUGGGCGCAACCACGCCAAACGUCAAUUGCUUCGAGUCUCCCGAUACCACGGGUAGCGGUCCCAAUGCGGACCUUUUCAACAGGUUCAGUUGGGUCAUCGGCGGCCGCGAGAUUGGCCUCGUCAAUUCGAGCGACCAUGCUCUUGCGCAAAACGCCGUUCGUGCAAAGGCAGUGGGGCAGCUAUGCAAGCUCAACUCGGAUGCCCAAGGUAAGGAUAGUAUAUUCCACUACCUGAACACUGCACAUGUUGCUCGAGAUAUGCUCUCCGUGAUUCAAGCCUGGGAUGACUGGAAGCUCGGGUCGUCGAAACGUGCCCAAGCAGCCAAGGCUGGGCGCCAUGCGCCAGUGUCAGAUCCGUCGCAACAUACUCGGAUGAACACCGACCCAGAUACCCCAACACAUGGCACGCAGGGGAAGCUUGUUUAUUGGGGCUUCAGCUACGGUACCGUCCUCGGGGCGACCUUUGCUCGACUCUAUCCUGACAAAGUCGGGCGGGUCAUUCUCGAUGGUGUGGUAGAUACCGAUGGAUAUGGCGAGGCCGUCUGGAUGGACAGCAUGGUCGAUGCCGACAAGAUUCUGGACAAAUUCUACACAUACUGCCAUGAAGCUAGAUGGAGAUGCAAACUAUACCGACAAGGCGACGAAGUUCAGGAUAUCGCGACCCGAUAUGAGCAGAUCUUGGCUUCACUCCGAACCGAGCCCAAGAUCGUGUUCAUACCUGGCUUCUAUACGCCUGUCAUUUUGACAGCUAGUGAUGUCCACUCGGCCAUGUUCGCAGCUCUCUACAACCCAAUUGGAACAUUUCCGAUAAUGGCCGAGUUUCUUGAUGCUCUCUGGACAGACCAGCCUGUGUGGGUCUUUGUCACAACACCAGUUCUGUGGCUUCUCUGCGGUGAGGUUCAAUUGCCCAUACGACCAGAUGAUUCUACUGCAGCCAUAUCUUGCAGUGACAGGGUCAAAUCCGGUUUUAACGAAACGCUGCCACAACUUCAGUAUCGGUUCGAAAAGCUGGCCAAAGUUUCGUCAUUCGCCGAUGUAUGGCUAGGACUGAAUCUGGUCUGUAAUGGCUGGCCGAUUGAGGUCCGACAGCCGCCAGACACGAGCAAUACCGGGCCGGUUCAUGAAUCGGCACCCAUCAACACGAGCUUCCCCAUCCUCGUACUCACCAACACCCUCGACCCCGUCACACCCUUGAGGGCUGCAAUGAAGGUGAACCGCCAGUUCGCCAACAGCAGUAUAGUAGAGCAGAAGACAGAAGGCCACUGCUCGCUAGCUUGCACCUCUAUUUGCAUCAUAGGGCACAUCAGAGCCUAUUUGAACGAAGGCAAGUUGCCCCCGGCGCCGCAACUCGACAGUCCCGAUACAGGCGACGAAAAGGUCGCCUUCGCCGAGCCUGUUGAUUAUCUUCAUGAAGAUCCUAUUCAUGGAGAUUGGACGAGGAGCUGGGGCAAUCUCCGGCAUGGGUUCUUCCAGCAGCUGGUGGGUGAUAAGCUUGACGACCGGCACCCUCUGAGGAACCUGGUCACAGGCCAAGUAUUGGGCACCGAGGGGGAGUCGAUGGCUUCAUCGAGGCAAUUGAGAUGA